UACUCAGGGUUCAAUGAGAGCUGUUUGCCCCACCCAUCUCUUCAACGCUAUCUAUCUCAAUGUACAAUUCACUGAGAAAAGGAAAUAAUCGCUAAAAAUAUACCCUCGAAAAGGAUUCAUUCGCCACAAUUGGGGAUUCAACGCGCUCCGUCCGUAGGGAAUCCACCGCUGUCGUUGUGGUAUCGGAUUUAUCUUCACGUAUCCAAAUGCACAUGAUCUACCACCCGAAUUCAAGAAGGAUACAAAGCGUAGCCUGACAGCGGACUCGGACUGCGAUAACCGGUAAAAAUAUCGACGGAAUCGGUCGCAUUUGCAUCUGCGGUUGAAAGAACCGUAAGGAUCGCCGCUCGCGUCAAAGCAAAGCCUACGGAUGUGAGGAGAAAUUCAAAUUACAGUAACGGAGAAGACGGCGAAGGGCCUCGUUUGAUUUGGACAAGCCGAAAAAAGCGAUAAGUCACCAUAAGCAGAACAGGAGGGAAAAUAGCGUCAAUCUGAGGGGAAUUUUUCAGCAGCACCACCGUAUUUUGCUCGCAGACAACGUCGUUUCGUAACGGAGUUAAAAGGUUCAUGUCGGCCACGGCGCAGGGCGGAAUGAUCCACAUGCCGUCAUUUUGGUGGAAAUAUUUAUUUUUUUAAUUUGUAGCCACCCUUUCUAUCUCGUUCUGCCCGUCUCGUUGCAUCGGCGAACGGAUUCGACAGCAAGCCACCGAAAAGAAUCGCGUUUUGUGGAGCUAUUCAUGAUUUUAAUAGGAGUCGGUCGUUAUUUCGGGAAAGCGACCAUGGAUUCGCGACGGGAAAUCUGCUAAAUCGCCGUCGUGGGAAAGCCGAGAUCAUUCAUGUAACGUCGAAGGCUUUUGCUGGAUGCACAUCCAUACACAGAAAUCUCUUAUUUUAUAGUAGCAAGCGCUCGACAGGACUUGGCCGUCUGUAGGCCGGCCUAGUGUUUUCACCACCAUCACCACCACCACCUAUUCUCGCCAGUACUAGUCACCCAGAGCUUUUUCCUAUUUCCCCGUGCUCCCCUGCCCACAUCGGCGAAAUCCAGGGUAGUUGUGUGCAUACACGUAUAAAUGUCCCGGUUUUCCAUCACAGUGUUCUGAUCGGAGGCCAAUCGAGGGAUUUGGAUCAUUUAUUCAUUCGGUAGAUUCACCUUCCCCUCACCCCACCCCAAAACUUUUCUUGGGUUUUUGGGAAAAUGGGUUGUUUGGGCAACAGUAAGACUGAGGACCAGCGAAAUGAGGAGAAGGCCCAGCGAGAAGCUAACAAAAAGAUAGAGAAGCAGCUCCAGAAAGACAAACAGAUCUACAGAGCAACUCAUCGACUACUGCUGCUGGGGGCUGGAGAAUCGGGGAAAAGCACCAUAGUCAAACAGAUGCGCAUUUUACAUGUCAAUGGCUUCAAUGCUGAAGAGAAAAAACAGAAAAUUCAAGACAUCAAGAAUAAUAUAAAAGAAGCUAUAGAGACUAUUGUGACGGCGAUGUCCGUGUUGGUACCUCCAGUCCAGUUAGCCUGUCCAGCAAAUAAGUUUCGAAUUGACUACAUCCUCAACUUAGCCAAUCAAAAGGACUUUGAGUUCACAACGGAAUUUUAUGAACACACAAAAACCCUGUGGCAGGAUGAAGGGGUGAAAGCUUGCUUCGAAAGAUCCAACGAAUAUCAACUGAUCGACUGCGCGCAGUAUUUCCUGGACAGGAUUGACACUGUGAAACAAAGUGACUAUACUCCCACUGAUCAGGACUUGCUCAGAUGCAGAGUUCUGACUUCAGGGAUCUUUGAGACAAGAUUCCAAGUGGAUAAAGUUAAUUUUCAUAUGUUCGAUGUUGGCGGACAGAGAGAUGAACGCAGGAAAUGGAUCCAGUGUUUCAAUGACGUGACAGCCAUCAUUUUCGUGGUAGCCAGCAGCAGUUAUAACAUGGUGCUCAGAGAGGACAAUCAGACCAACAGACUCCAGGAGGCACUUAACCUGUUCAAGAACAUCUGGAAUAACAGGUGGCUUCGAACCAUUUCUGUCAUUCUGUUCCUAAAUAAGCAGGAUUUGCUGGCUGAGAAGGUUUUGGCGGGAAAAUCAAAAAUUGAGGAUUAUUUCCCAGAGUUUGCACGCUACACUACACCAGAUGAUGCAACACCAGAGCAAGGGGAAGAUCCAAGAGUUACGAGAGCAAAAUAUUUCAUCCGAGACGAGUUCUUGAGGAUCAGUACAGCGAGUGGAGAUGGCCGGCAUUACUGCUACCCCCACUUCACCUGCGCCGUGGACACGGAAAACAUCCGCCGAGUGUUUAACGACUGCAGAGACAUCAUCCAGCGCAUGCACCUACGACAGUACGAACUCUUGUGAUCGCAGCAGGGAUGACAGGACGCAAACUCACCACCUGAACUUUCUUUAGGCCCCCCUGCCCUACAUCACGCCCCAAUUUCAAAACCACGAACCUUCAAACUGAUGAGUCCCCACCUCUUACACACACAUGCAUAUUAUAUAGAUAUAUACAUAUGCGUAUGUAUAUAUAUUCACAUAUAUAUAUAUACAUACAGACACUCACACACGCACACAAACACACACACAUGGCCUUUCUCCAUCCUGAGUGACUAGGGGCUGGGGCAAGGGGACGCACUGUGUUACUGAUGAAAGCGUGGCUGUGAUAUCUGGCAAAAAGACUUGUUAACACAGCCAAGGACUACCGAUGUUAAUAAAGAGAGAGAGGAAAACAAAACAUGUGAGAGGGAGAGGGAGGGGGGGGCGAAAAGAGGGAAGAAAAAAAAAAAAACUGUCCGGGACUGCUCAGGACAAGGAAGCCAUUUCGUACACAUGCAGACACAUAAUGCGUCCAGCUAAACUCCUGACCCGCAGUCCUAUGUAUGUUACAUGUCAAACUUGUCUUUUUUCCAGUCAUAUGCCUAAACACACGUUACUUAUAUUGAUGCGCACGCACAAGACAUACACACGCUAUUCUUAUCCUCCACCAUUUUGGUCCUGUUGAACGUGUAGUGCCUCUGUGCGAGCCUGGUGUGUCCCUUUCACCUUUUCCCCCUUUUUCCCCCAUCCCACAAGGUGGGGUCGGUCCCCCCCUCCCCCCCUUGGUUGAGAGCAAAACCAUGGACCAUACAUUUAAAACAACAACUAACAAACAAACAAAAGAAAAACAGAAUGUAGAGCAAAAAUGUAUCCUCCCCGCCCCAACAAACCUAGAGGGUUUGGAGCUUUUACUGCUCCGGGUUGCUUUGCGUGUGGAGCAGAGAAUGACUUGAACACAAGACCCAUCACAUGACUCGCUUCUCAAGAUGCAUCGCAGGAGAGGCGAGCGCAUGCAAUGCUAGAUUCAUGCAGAACAGUGAACUAAAUGCAGUGCAAAAAAUCCAAACUUUAUAUAUAUAUAUAUAUAUAUAUAUAUAUAUAUAUAUAUAUAUAUAUAUAUAUUCCUGUAAUAAUACAACCUUUUUUUCGUUAGUUUCCCCAGUUUGUGUGUUGCUGUGUGCAAAUAAGCACCAUUUUAAACCUCUUGUUUUCCUGGUUGCUCUCUCCUGUGUCAUUCCUCCCUCUCCUGUUCUUUCUCUUCUCCUUAUCUUUCUCUCUGUCUCCUCCCUACUGCAAAAACCUUGUACACUGACACGUGGGGACUUCAUCAGACUGAGGGUAAGACAGAGUAAUGACGCGAGACAUGAGAAGGAUGUCUAACGGAUGGCCUAGUCGCUCUCUCUCUCUCUUUCUCUUCCCCCUUUCCUCCCCUCCGACUUCCUCUCCUCCCCUUUAGCCUGGCUUUUGGUCUGUCUUUUGAUUUCUCUGCUGGAUCAUUAUUCUUGUACAGACUGUAAAAUGUAUUAUUUUGUACAACUUUAUUGAAGAAAAAAGUAACUUGUAGAAGCUCCCUGUGCCUUGAUCACGACUGUACGUGUAAAAUGAGCUAAGAUGUAAGUAAGAUAUGUUUCAUUGCGCUGUUUGGCUCUGCCCUGCCUCUGUCGAUUCCCUUGAACUCUGACCCCCCCCCUCGACCCACUCCCCGAUCGCCUGUUUGCUCAUCAGACUCUGGGUGGACGUCGCCCGCCCUCCUCCCCUCCUUGCGCCGAUCCAGGCCUCCCUGUACAACUCUAGAAUGAAACCGGUGUCAGAUCGGCAACUGAGCGUGACUUUUACUGGCACUGCUUAUCAGUGGAGUUUGGGGGAGAUGCUGUCUGUCGCAUCCCCCCUCUGCUCUUUUAUUUUCAUUCGUUUAACCUGCCUCUGGUUUAUGUUUUAGGAUUCAAGGCGAGACGCCUGAUGCUGUGUAGUACAAAGCAAGAAACAUUAUAUACAGUAUAUAUAAAUAUAUAUUUAUAAGUGUAAAUAUAUUAUUUAUAUAUAUGUGUUUGCUUUUUACAGGUUUUCUUUGCCUUUUUUGGGUCAGUGUCAACAAUAGUCUAUUUUCGAGGCAGGGUGUGGGGCUUUUUUUUUUUGUUUUCUUUGUUUCUUUUUUUUUUUUUUAGCUUUAACUCUGUUAAAGGAGAAAAUCCAAAUGCAAAAACAUUGCUUGUCUCUUCGUAAAAAAACCAAAUUCCUUUGCUAAAAAAAAAA